UGGGCACAGUGCAGCUACCAAAGAUCGGAUCGCCAGGAGAGCGGAGAAAUGAAGGGAUUCCAUGCCUUGGCUUUACUACUUUCAGCUUCCUUCAUUACGUUUUCCUGGAGUGUUCCUCAGGCUCAUUUCCAAAGAAGAAACUGGACCCCUCAGGCGAUGCUGUAUCUAAAGGGUGCACAGGGUCGCCGUUUCAUCUCAGAAGAGAGCCAGAGAAAGGACCUGUACGACAGAUUGCAGCUAGAAACACGCAGUCAAAAUGGGAACCCCCUAACCCUUUCUGAAGCCGCAGCACUGUUUCUCUCCUCCCUACGAAAGGCAGCACAAGAGGAAGAUGAGGAAGAUACUGAGGAGAAACCUGGAUACGUUGCUGACGGCCUCGUAAACUGGUGAAAUGCUUUCGGGUUCAGAAGACAAUUUUCUGCUUAAGAGGAGCGUAUGUCCCACAGAAGCCGUUUCUUCCCAUUUAGCUGUUUAGAUUUCCUUCCUUAGGCAGCCCCUCUGUAUCUUAACACAAAUCAAUGCUGAACAAUUAAAGGCCAUUGGAAAUUUAUCCUUACAUUUAUUAUUGUUACGAAGAGCUUGAGCUUAUAAUGCAUAUCCUGGGUCUUCAAUUUUUUUUUAAAAAAAAUCAUUAUAUUUACAAAUGCGUCUGAGUCAAGGCUGUGGAAAGAUUAAUUAUCAUGCAUGCCUAGGUGUUUGAGCUACUUCUGAGGUUACAAAAAGUGAAAAAAAAUAGUUAUAAAACAGUGUUUCUCCAUCAGGAAUGGAUUCCGGGCUAGCUCCCCCUUGAGCUCUUUGUUUUCAUUUUCAACAGCCAAUUUUGAGUGAUCUCAGAGUGUAUUACAUUGUCUUUCUAAACAUGUACCAGUUUUAUACAAUUUUAAUGGCCAUGGUGUCUCCCAAAGAAUGAUGGGAAAUGUAGUUUGACUUGGGCACUGAGAGUUCUGUAUUAAGGAACCUUACGCUCUUUUAAGAAAACUAUUCGUUCCCGAUCUUCUCUGAGGUGAGAGAAUGACUGUUAUACCAUUUUGCACAUUUUGUUUCUUUCAAUUUUCUUGUUCUUGAUAUUACGGAUUUGGCCCACAAGAAAAGCUUUCAGCUCAGGAGUGAUUAGCGUGACACCUCAAUGA